AUGGAGAUAAAUAUUUUAAGGAAGUUUUGACGCUGUUACUCAAAAGGAUUUAAUCGACUGACUUUUAUUUGUAUUAUUUUAAAUGCCAUUUUUAAAUUUUUGCUUGAAAUACUUAGAGAAGUUUCUAGCGAUUUAAUAUUUACUGCAUUUGUUGAAGCUAGUUAUUUUGCUCAAGCUUUGAGAAAGCUCAUGCACUUUUUUAGAUUUCUCUAUAUUCAUGCAGUUUUACAGUUUUUAAAUUAA